UGUUUUUCUUGUUGGGUUGCAGAACCGAACCAGACAGUUAUAGAGGUGCAAAUGACAGACUCAAUAAUUCCUCUGUAGAACUGGAUCAGCAGCUCCUUGGGCAGUUUGAGCUUACUGAGUUGGCGCAGAAAGAACAUUCUUUGUUGUCCUUUUUUAAUGAUGUUUUUGAUGUUAGCUGUCCAUUUGAGAUCUUGCGAUAUGAUAGAACCCAGAAAUUUGAAGGUUUCUACUGUUGAUACUGUGUUGUCAAGUAUUGUGAGAGGUGGAAGUAUGGAAGGGUUUUUCCUAAAAUCUACCACCAUUUCUACGGUUUUGAGUGUGUUCAGUUCCAGAUUGUUUUGGUUGCACCACAAGGCUAGUCGUUCGACCUCUCGUCUAUAUGCGGAUUCGUCAUUGUCUCGAAUGAGACCAAUCACUGUUGUGUCAUCUGCGAACUUCAGUAGCUUAACAAAUGGAUCAUUGGAGAUGCAGUCAUUGGUAUACAGAGAGAAGAGAAGUGGGGAGAGCACACAGCCUUGGGGGGCCCCUGUGCUAAUUGUACAGGUAUUUGAUGUGAUCUUGCUUAGCUUCACCUGCUGCUUCCUGUUUGUUUACAGAAGUCUAUGUAGAUUGCAUCUAUUGCUUUGUCCUGAUCAAGAUUUGUAGUCCAUAUGUUUUUGCAGUGAAGAAGUUGUAAAUUACAUGAUAAUUUUUUUCUGAAACCAGAUUGUUUAUUAGCGAGUAGGUUGUUUGUUUCUAGGUGGAGGGUAAUGGAUUGGUUGAUGAUAGAUUCCAUUACUUUGCAGGUGACGCAGCAUAGAGAGAUCGGUCUGUAAUUUUCAACUAGGCUGGGGUCUCCUUUUUUGAAGACAGGGAUGACCGUGGCUAGUGACCAAAGUUUGGGAAGGGAACUGCUUGUGAAAGCUUUUUCAAAGAUUAUGCUUAGGGGUUCUGCUUUAUUAGUGGAAAGCUUUUUUAAGAAGUAUGCACAUAGUCCAUCAGGUCCAAUAGAUAGGGAUGGUUUUACUUUGCAAAGAGCUUUUUCAACAUUAUCUUCUAUGAAAUCUAUAUGUGUUAGGUCGUUGUACUCAUUGUUGGUACAAUUGGGGAAUGUCGGGUAUAAGCCAUUACUGUUAACAAAGACUGAGCCAAAGAAUGUGUUAAAGAAUGUGUUAAAUUUUUCCUUGUCACAGCAGCUUUUCUGCUGUGACAGAGGACAGAGUGCGCACUACAUUGUUCUAUUAUCCAUCACUCACUUAGAAAAGGCAAAGAGAAGGGCAUGGAUUCUUUCUGCCCUUCUUUUUUGAAAAUGCAAAUCUAUUGGGUAGAAAGUCCAUCUAUUGUCAGGCCUGGAAACCAUAUUAGACUUUAGGGUUCCAGACGCUGCCACAUUUUUCUACUGAGGGGAGGAAGGGGGGCUGAGGGGUAUGGUAACAUUCUUCAAGCGGUCAAGGUCGGAUGAUGUUCACAUCUGCAGGAAGAGUGGCAAGAAGAUAUUCGAAUGAACUGGGAGAACGUGAGACCAUGUGACCAUCAAAGGGGUCAGGGGGGUGGGACUCUUGGGGUUUGUAUAACUGGGAAAAGAAUCCGGAAAUUCAGUUUUGGAAUUUCACUCAUCGUGUGCCAGUUUCCUCAUGCUAGUAAAGAACUCUGGAAAACAAUGGCUUCUGAGUUUUUUUUUAUGCAGAAGAGGUUUUUCUGGAACCUUGACAGUAUUCCAAAACUCCUAACUUUCUUUUGCUAAUGGUACCCUCUCCUCCGCUCAGAGGGGGCCCGUUAGGGGGGUGCUGGGCCCCAGCCUCCGCAACCUCCACAGCGGUGCAAAGACCCCAGUGAAGAUGGAAGAGCAGCCAGCUGAAAGCAUGGAUGCAGCACAGAAACUUGGAUCUAACAAUUUAGUUGAAAUCACCUACUUCCCAUCGGAAGAUAUGACUCAAAAACCUGAAGUGGUAGACCCUGCUUGUCAGCUUGGAGAACGGCCCAAAGACUCCGAUUCAUGGGUAAGCUGUCGUUCGGGAGAAAAUAUUUCCCCGGGACGGAAUGGAGAGCCCCCUCCCUCUUCUCAACCUCACUGGAGGACAGUAAAACCCGGAGAAUCGAGAGAGUCACUGGAUUGGGACCUGAGAAACCCCCUGAAAUCCCAGUCCCUAUUAGACCUCCCUGAAACUUUUGAGUGUUUGGAAGUGAGGCCUCGUAUAAGCUCAGCUCACCUACCUCGAGAGCCUUUAGCUCAGCCUAAAUUCACCUUCCCUCCCACCAGAGAGGGAGAAAUUACUGAAGCUCAAAGCCAUUCCGAUGAACGCAGGAGGACCUCCCUUCCCUCCUUCAGACGGCAGGGAGUUCAGGCAGCACCAGGGACUUGGGGGGAAUCGCAACUCCCCCCUCCAAUUGACUUUUCCCGCCAACAGAGGCCUACGCUGCCUCCAGUUGCUUCUAUUCCUCCUGGCUGGGUAUUUUAUCCUGGACAAGGGUGGAUCCAGUACCAAUGGCAACCAGCCAGUUCAGCACCUUUCUUUCCUGGGGGCCCCAGGCCGAGCUUUGCCUCGCAAGCUGAAGCAUUUCAAGGACUUCCUUCUCAGCAGCCAGGGGGAAUUCCACCCCCCUUCACAACUCAGCAACCAGCCACAACAGCAACGGCCCAAGCAGGCCAGUUAAACCCACCUGCACCCCAUCACCCAGCCCCUCCCCCUUUCAAACCAACCUUUGAUGGGAAUCCACACCACCUGGCUUACUUUCUCAGCAGAAUUGAGGCUUACGUUGAACAAUAUAGACAUCAAUACCCAUCAGAAAGAAGCCUAAUCAACACCAUCUCGGAUGGUAUGAACGUGGGGCUAGCCUCAGAAUGGAUAGCUCAACUACACAAUGAACGUGCACCAGAACUAAACGAUGUUCACGCAUUCAUGGCACUGCUUCGCAACCGGUUUCAAGAUGAUGACCUAAUUGCAGAAUGUGAAACCACUUUAAAAACAAUGAAGCAAGGUAACAAGCCCCUAAAACAAUUUGUAUGGGAUUUCAGAAGGGUUGCUGGCAAUCUUAGACAUUGGCCAGAACGCAUCGUCCUCCACUACUUCAAAGACGCGAUUGAUCAAAACAUCAGAAAAGCCUGCUCCACCAGAGGAAUCCCAGAACAACUAAAUGACUGGUACAACGUGUCCAUCACUCUGGACAGAGAAUUCAACCCCCUCCAAAGCCAAUCACCAACUACAACUCCACAACGACCACCUACAAGACCCUCCCUCUUAAGACCAACCACACCCUCCACCUUUCAGCCUUCAACAAUAAUCAAAUGCUACCGUUGUGGAAAACUAGGACAUCGGGCGUCAGUUUGCCUAGCCCCAACACCCCUCGCACAGUAUCGCCCACCAACUGCUACCCAACCACGCAGACCCCCUCGAAGGAAUCCGAAUACCAGUCGCUUUGCGAGACAAGCCAUAAACCUCCCUACUGACCUUCCGUCAUCUAAUUCACCUCCUGAUGACUCAAACCAAGCAGAAAAUGACCCAAUGGUGAGUGCACCCAUUCCUCCAUUUGCUAUCAAAGUAAACUUAGUAAUUCCAGGGGGAGGGGCCAAAAAAGAUUUAGAGGCUAUUGUGGACACAGGAUGCACCAGAUGCCUAAUUUCAACCUCUACGGUUGCCCAACUCUGUAUAAAAACAUUUACCUUAAAACACCCAAUUAAAUUCCACCAAGUAGAUGGAACCUUGAUUGGUGGCGUUCCUGCGACCCAAGUCACACAACUGGUUCGCUUAGAAAUUGGAGCCUAUCAUGAACUUAUAAGAUUCAUAGUAAUUCCCAAGAUGUCAGAAUCCAUCAUCCUGGGUUUAGCUUGGUUGGACAAAUGGGAACCCACAAUCAAAUGGGAGGAUGGAUUCAGGAAAAUUAUAUGGACUUUCAGACCCUUAGACCCAAUUCCCCCUAUCGAAAAAAAAACCCUUAUCCAAAAUGACCACCAGAGGGAACCAACAACCACCAUAUCCAAUCCAUCUCCUAAUGAACCACGCAUCCCUAAAGCAUACAUGGAUUUAUCAGAAGUUUUUAGCAAGGAUGAAUGUAACCUCUUACCCCCCCACCGACAAACUGAUUGCGCAAUUGAAUUGCACCCGGGGGCAAAAUUACCAAAACCCAAAAUGUAUUCAAUGACACCAGCCGAAAUGUCUGAACUAAGAAAAUACAUUGACACUAACCUAGCCAGAGGGUUCAUUGAACCAGCAAAAUCACCUGUAGCUGCGCCUGUGCUAUUUAAACAAAAGAAAGAUGGUUCGCUUAGAUUGUGUAUUGACUUCAAAAAUAUCAAUGCAAUUUGCAUACAAAACACAUACCCUUAUGCACGAUUUGUUGAACCACUUAUCAAAAGGCAAAAUUUUCACCAGAUUGGAUUUAAGGGAAGCCUAUUACCGGGUCCGCAUCAAGGAAUGGAUGAAUGGAAAACGGCUUUCAACUGCCCCUUGGGCAGUUUCCAAUACCGUGUCAUGCCUUUUGGCCUCCAAGGAGCUCCAGCUGUUUUUAUGCAACUAAUUAAUGAAACCCUGCACCCCCACCUCUACAAUGGAGUUCUUGUCUACUUAGACUAUAUUCUUAUCUACACAAACAAUAUUGAAGAACACAUCAAAUUGGUCAGACAAGUCCUUAAAAAGCUCCUAGCGGCCAAACUAUAUGUCAAACUUUCCAAAUGCGAAUUCCAUAAGGAAUCCCUAGACUACCUAGGUUACUGGAUAUCAAACAAAGGUAUCGAAAUGGACCCAGGAAAAGUAAAAGCAGUGUUGGAUUGGCAACCGCCACGCACACGUAAGCAACUUCAAAGUUUCUUGGGAUUCGCGAAUUUUUACCGCAAAUUCAUUCCUUCUUUCGCAGAAGUAGCUCUACCAUUAACAGAAUUGCUAAAAACUGGGCCAUUACCCGCCAAACCCAAACCUACCCAACCCCUACCUUGGACAAUGGACUGCCAACGUUCCUUUGAACACCUUAAAUGCCUAUUCUCCAUGGAACCAAUUCUUCAACACCCGGAUCCAAAUAAACCUUUUGUGGUCCAAGCUGAUGCAAGUGAUGUAGCAAUAGCCGCUGUCUUAUUACAACGGAAUACCGACAACAAUCUAAUGCCCUGCGCGUACGUGUCUAAAAAACUGACGGACACUGAACGCAGAUGGGCAGUUUGGGAAAAGGAAGCUUUUGCAGUACGCUGGGCACUCCUCUCCUGGAGACACUUCCUUGAAGGGGGAAAAGAACCAUUCGAGGUGUGGACCGACCACAAAAACCUCGAAUACUUAAAAACCCCUCGAAAGCUUUCUCCCAAACAAGUUCGAUGGGCUCAGUUUUUCAAACGGUUCCAUUUCACCCUCAAAUACAUCCCCGGCGACCAAAAUCUACUGGCUGACGCCCUAUCUAGGAAACCACAAUUUGACAGCCAACGCGAAGAGGUAAUACAUGCGAUGAUUCCCGAUAGCGAACCGGCCAGCCAAGCAAUUACUCGACCGCGAUCACGCCAUAGUAGUAACAUCCCACCAAAUAAACUACUAGUGGAAUUAAAAUCAGCACUCACUGACGAUGCUUGGUUUAAAGAAAACUUGCCACACCUCACCUUAAGGAAUGGCAUACCCUGGAAAGGAACCAAGAUUUAUGUACCCGUCGUUAUGCGGCUGCCUAUACUACAGAGAAGCCACGACUCUCGCCUAGGAGGUCACUUUGGAUUUUUAAAGACUCUCCACUUGGCUAGAAGACAAUUCUGGUGGCCAAAAAUGAAAUCAGAUGUCGAAGACUAUGUCCAGAGCUGUGCUACCUGCGCCACCAUGAAGUCCAGACCAGGGAAACCCCCUGGACUCCUACAACCCGUAGCCGAACCCACCAGACCCUGGGAAGAGAUUGCCAUGGAUUUUAUUGUUGAACUCCCACCUAGUGGAGGAAAUACAGUGAUAUGGACCGUAAUAGACUUGUUCUCUAAACAGGCCCACUUCACUGCGUGCAGUGGAUUGCCAUCGGCGAGAAAAUUAGCAAAGCUCUUCGUCAAACACAUCUACAGACUGCAUGGAGUUUCUAAAAGGAUAAUAUCCGACAGGAGUGUUCAAUUCACAGCCAAGUUCUGGAGGGAGUUCCUACGGUCCAUUGGGUCGUCUCAAGGACUUAGUUCUGGGUUCCAUCCGCAGACCAAUGGAGCGGCUGAAAAAUUAAACUCGAUGGUAGAACAAUACAUACGGUGUUAUGUAAAUUACCAACAAGAAAACUGGUCAGAUUUGUUACCAUUUGCAGAAGUCGCAUAUAAUUUAUUUAUUUAUUUAUUUAUUGUUUAUAUUUAUAUACUGCCCUAUCUCCCAAAGGACUCAGGGCGGUUUACAGGCAUUUAAAAGCAAUAAAUACAAUCUAAAAACAAUUAAAAAACUUAUUCAAAAGCCUAAUAAUUAAAAAUAUAAAAAAUUAAAACCCAAGUUAAAACCCACAAACUAAAAUCUAACUCAGUCCUGUAAUAAUGCUGUACACAGCAGCACGGGGUUAACCCCUUUUCAAGUAACCACCGGCAUGGACUUCGUUCCAAUGCCUGAACUCCCUGUGCCACCCCCCACUUCCGUUUCCCUAACGGACUGGAUGAAUUUGUUGAAAAAAGGUUGGGAGAAUACAAAAAAGGCCUUAACUGUGACAGCUCGGAAUUACAAAGCCCAAGCUGACAAACACCGUUCCCUUCAACCCCCUUUUCGCAUUGGAGAUAAAGUCUUUUUGUCUACUAAGUAUCUGAGGUUGAGAAUACCCAGCAGAAAAUUCGGUCCAAAAUUUUUGGGUCCUUUCCCCAUUGAAAAAAUUAUUAAUCCCGUUACCGUCCAACUCAAGCUCCCUCGAAUGUUGGGGAAAAUACACCCGGUAUUCCAUACCAGCUUAUUAAAACCUGCUAGACAGUCUGGUCUGAGACCUCAACCUGCCGCUCCCCCCCCCCUUGAUAAUCCAAGGUGAAACCCACUAUGAAAUCAAGAAAAUCCUUGACUUUAGACUAUAUAGAGGUCAAUUACAAUAUUUAGUCCACUGGAAGGGAUAUCCAUUAUCUGAAUCUACUUGGGUCAAAAGUUGGAAAGUAAAUGCGGACAAUUUGAUUAAACAAUUUCAUGACACUUUCCCUGACAAACCUAAAAAACCUCUUGGAGAGGGGAGGGGGGGUAGGAGGAAAGUGUGGACCACUGACACUCUUCUUUAUCGACUCUUUGUUUUCUUUCCUAGGAUAUAGCUUCUUUUCCAAGGGGGGAUGCCUGUCAGGCCUGGAAAUCAUAUUAGACUUUAGGGUUCCAGAUGCUGCCACAUUUUUCCCCUGAGGGGAGGAAGGGGGGCUGAGGGGUAUGGUAACAUUCUUCAAGCGGUCAAGGUCGGAUGAUGUUCACAUCUGCAGGAAGAGUGGCAAGAAGAUAUUCGAAUGAACUGGGAGAACGUGGGACCAUGUGACCAUCAAAGGGGUCAGGGGGGUGGGACUCUUGGGGUUUGUAUAACUGGGAAAAGAAUCCGGAAAUUCAGUUUUGGAAUUUCACUCAUCGUGUGCCAGUUUCCUCAUGCUAGUAAAGAACUCUGGAAAACAAUGGCUUCUGAGUUUUUUUUUAUGCAGAAGAGGUUUUUCUGGAACCUUGACAUUAUUCCAAAACUCAUAACUUUCUUUUGCUAAUGGUACCCUCUCCUCCGCUCAGAGGGGGCCCGUUAGGGGGGUGCUGGGCCCCAGCCUUCACAACCUCCACAGCGGUGCAAAGACCCAGCGAAGAUGGAAGGGCAGCAAGCUGAAAGCGUGGAAAUAGCACAGAAGUUUGAUUCUGAGAAUUUAGUUGAAAUCACCUACUUCCCAUCGGAGGAUAUGACUCAAAAACCCGAAGUGGUAGAGCCUGCUUGUCAGCUUGGUGCAUGGCCCAAAGACUCCGAUUCAUGGGUAAGCUGUCGUUCGGGAGAAAACAUUUCCCUGGGGCGGAAUGGAGAGCCCCCUCCCUCUUCUCAACCUCACUGGAGGACAGUAAAACCCGGUAAAUCGGGAGAGUCACUGGAUUGGGACCUGAGAAAUCCCCUGAAAUCCCAGUCCCUAUUAGACCUCCCUGAAACUUUUGAGCGUUUGGAAGUGAGGCCUCGUAUAAGCUCAGCUCACCCACCUCGAGAGCCUUUAGCUCAGCCUAAAUUCACCUUCCCUCCCACCAGAGAGGGAGAAAUUACUGAAGCUCAAAGCCGUUCCGAUGAACGCAGGAGGACCUCCCUUCCCUCCUUCAGACGGCAGGGAGUUCAGGCAGCACCAGGGACUUGGGGGGAAUCGCAACUCCCCCCUCCAAUUGACUUUUCCCGCCAACAGAGGCCUACGCUGCCUCCUGCUGCUUCUAUUCCUCCUGGUUGGGCAUUUUAUCCUGGACAAGGAUGGAUCCAAUACCAACGGCAACCAGCCAGUUCAGCACCUUUCUUUCCUGGGGGCCCCAGGCUGAUUUUUGCCUCGUCAGCUGAAGCAUUUCAAGGACUUCCUUCUCAGCAGCCAGGGGGAAUUCCACCCCCCUUUACAACUCAGCAACCAGCCACCCCACAAAUCCCUCUUCAACCGCAAGCAGGCCAGCUAAACCCACCUGCACCCCCUCACCCAGCCCCUCCCCCUUUCAAACCAACCUUUGAUGGGAAUCCACACCACCUGGCUUACUUUCUCAGCAGAAUUGAGGCUUACGUUGAACAAUAUAGACAUCAAUACCCAUCAGAAAGAAGCCUAAUCAACGCCAUCUCGGAUGGUAUGAACGUGGGGCUAGCCUCAGAAUGGAUAGCUCAACUACACAAUGAACGUGCACCAGAACUAAACGAUGUUCACGGAUUCAUGGCACUGCUUCGCAACCGGUUUCAAAAUGAUGACCUAAUUGCAGAAUGUGAAACCACCUUAAAAACGAUGAAGCAAGGUAACAAGCCUCUAAAACAAUUUGUAUGGGAUUUCAGAAGGGUUGCUGGUAAUCUUAGACAUUGGCCAGAUCGCGUCCUCCUCCACUUCUUCAAAGAGGCUAUCGAUCAAAACAUCAGAAAAGCCUGCUCUACCAGAGGAAUCCCAGAACAACUAAUAACUGGUACAACGUGUCCAUAGCUCUGGACAGAGAAUUCAACCCCCUCCAAAGCCAAUCACCAACUACAACUCCACAACGACCACCUACAAGACCCUCCCUCUUAAGACCAACCACACCCUCCACCUUUCAGCCUUCAACAAUAAUCAAAUGCUACCGUUGUGGAAAACUAGGACAUCAGGCGUCAGUUUGCCUAGCCCCAACACCCCCCCCACUUCCGUUUCUCUAACGGACUGGAUGAAUUUGUUGAAAAAAGGUUGGCAAAAUACAAAAAAGGCCUUAGCUGUGACAGCUCGGAAUUACAAAGCCCAAGCUGACAAACACCGUUCCCUUCAACCCCCUUUUCCCAUUGGAGAUAAAGUCUUUUUAUCUACUAAGUAUCUGAGGUUGAGAAUACCCAGCAGAAAAUUCGAUCCAAAGUUUUUGGGUCCUUUCCCCAUUGUAAAAAUUAUUAAUCCUGUUACCGUCCAAUUCAAGCUCCCUCGAAUGUUGGGGAAAAUACACCCGGUAUUCCAUACCAGCUUAUUAAAACCUGCUAGACAGUCUGGUCUGAGACCUCAACCUGCCGCUCCCCCACCACCCUUGAUAAUCCAAGGUGAAACGCACUAUGAAAUCAAGAAAAUCCUUGACUCUAGACUAUACAGAGGUCAAUUACAAUAUUUAGUCCACUGGAAGGGAUAUCCAUUAUCUGAAUCUACUUGGGUCAAAAGUUGGAAAGUAAAUGCGGACAAUUUGAUUAAGCAAUUUCACGACACUUUCCCUGACAAACCUAAAAAACUUCUUGGAGAGGGGAGAGGGGGGUAGAAGGGAAGUGUGGACCAAUGACACUCUUCUUUAUUAACUCUUUGUUUUCUUUCGUAGGAUAUAGCUUCUUUUCCAAGGGGGGACGCCUGUCAGGCCUGGAAACCAUACUAGACUUUAGGGUUCCAGACGCUGCCACAUUUUUCCCCUGAAAAAUUGAACUUAGAUCUGAUCUGUCUCCAGGAAGUACAUAUUAAAAAGGACCACCCUAAAAUGGGGAAGCUAUAUGUCUCACUGGCAGAGCAGAAAAAAAGAGGGGUGCCCCUCUAUAUCAAAGAAUCCAAAGAAUCAAAACAAUAAUUAAAGAUGCUUGGAGGGAAAUACAACCAGAGAAAAAACAAUAUACUUUCUAUUCAAAUAUGCAUAAAUCAUGGUCGAGAAUUGACAUGACAUGGAUGUCACUGGAACUGCAAGAAGUAGAUGUGGAGUCAAAUACUUGGGCACACCAUAACCCAAUAAAAGUAAAGUGGAAAGGUCAAACAAGAAAAUCAAGAUGGACACUAAAACAGUCAAUAUUUUCUUUCAUAAAGGAAAUGGAAUUCUUUUUCAAAGAAAAUAAAAAUGGAGAAAUGUCCCUGCAAAAUGUAUGAGAUACUGCCAAGGCAUAUUCCAGGGGGUUACUGAUCUCUUAUAUAGGAAGGAAAAAUAGGGAAAAGAAGGAGAGAGGAAAGGAACUAGAAGAAGAAUAUAAAAUAUUAGAAUUGGAACUACAGAAAGACCCGCAAAAAAGAAAUGGCAAAAAUCAAAUGGAACUAGUAAAACAUAAAUUAAAUAUCUUACAGAAAGAGGAACUGGCACAAAAAAUUAAGGCAGCUAAACAAAAUUUCUUUGAAAAUGCAAACAAGCCAGGAGAUGGUUGGCAUUUAGACUCAAAAAAGAGAAAGAAACUGAUACAAAAGUUUCAA